CUUUCGGCUUCUUUCCACAAUAAACAGAGCGUCAACGUCGAAGGCUGGUCAGAAUUUCGAUACGCUCAACGAUUGUAACUGCCAUCAUGGCACAUCUUGCAAGCAACGGCUGCUCGAAAACGCUACUGAGCAUGUGCGCUAUCUGUCACGCGUGUGUUUAUAUGCCUGCAAACGCGAGAACGAAAUGCUCCCUUACGAUCCCUAAACCUCCACCGACCCCAUGCCCUAACCACCCGACCACCACCGCUCCACCGCCACAAACCCAUUCAGAUAGUCGUUUUCCCUGCAUCAUCAUCGUGCGUGCUGUCGCAUUUUCAUUGGACUGCUGGAUAGUGCUGGAAGACGACGACGAAAGUGUCGGCGGUGUACACCCGCCGUAAACCGAAUCCCGUCAUCCCGGAGAGUGUUGCCGCAUCUUGGCUUUGCACGCGAAAGUGCUUACCGUGUUGCUAGCAAAGUGACCAGCAGUGACACUCUCGCCCAAAGCAUGUCAGCAAGUGUCAGAACGGAAGCAGUGCCAGGUGCUUAGUGGAACCAGGACUGAAAGCGUGAUUGCAAGCGACUUUUUUAUUGAGAGUGUGUGUGUGUUUGUUGUGCCAUCUCUGAUAAGUAAACAGUGGUCACAUCGCAAAAGGCAAACAGUUUAGCAGCUAACCGUCAGCAGCUUAUUACAGCAGAGUAGGACCACCUCUUGCAAUAAACUCUCUGGACAUCACGGGCGGCCUGAGCUAGCGGCGAGGGUCUGCGAUUAUGUACCUCCGAAAGGCCCAAAUUCAACGGUUUCCAACGCAGCAACAGCAGCAGGAACCCAAACAGCAGAAGCAUCCAAAACCUCGACAAACAGCAAGCGUAGUAGCGAAGGUAGCAGUAGUUGGAUGCUAGUGAGAUGGUGCUCAGCACGGAGUGGUCUCAGGUUGAGAUUAUAGAUCUGAUAAACGAUGGUAACGGACUCGGGUUUAUGCUUGUCGGUGGACGCAGUACGGGCGUGGUGAUAAAGGCGCUCAUACCCGGCUCCGUCGCUGAACGGGACGGUCGGCUACAGAGCGGCGACCACGUACUACAGAUCGGUGACGUUAACCUGCGUGGAUUCAGCUCGGAACAGGUCGCAACCGUGCUGCGCCAAUCUGGACAGCAGGUGCGCCUGAUCGUAGCACGCCCCGUCGAACCAACCUCGCCCGACUAUCAGGCCCUCGCCAGCCAUGCACCGAUCAUCCCGACCAAGAUGCUCACCGAUCCGGACGAGCUCGACCGCACGUUACUCCAAACGGCCGGCUAUACAUCUGGUGCCUUCCUGCAGCCGAGUGCAACGGGACUGGGCACGCUGGCACCGGCUGCGCUCGGAUUGUUGGCUGCAACCAACACAACCACAACCACCGCCGGAGAUCCUGCGGUCGGUGGUGUCCUCUGUCCGACGCACAUCGAAGUCGUCGCCGUGAACAACAGUCUGAACAGUAACGGGACGGUCGGUUCGCUGGAAUCGACGAACGGUGGCACGAUGGCCCUCAUUUCACCCACCUCCAUUGCGCUGCCCGCUAUGCCACCGCACCAGCUACACUGUCAAGCGAUAUCAAGCGUCACCUCGCUGCUGGCGGAUAAUGGCGGCGACAGUGUGCCGGGUGAACUGCUCGGAACGCCUCAGUCGCCGCAGUACAGUGAGCUCGACGGAGUUCCGCCCGACACGCCCGAGACCGAAACGUACGAGGUAGAGUUGCGCAAGAACGUGUACGGACUAGGCAUCACCGUGGCGGGCUACGUUUGCGAAGAGGAGGACCUGUCCGGCAUCUUUGUGAAAAGUAUUAUUGAGGGUAGUGCGGCGGAGAUGAGUGGCAAGAUAGCGAUAAACGAUCGGAUCGUUGCCGUCGACAACCGAUCUUUGGCCGGUGUGACCAACCACCAAGCGGUUGAGAUUCUACGCAACACCGACAUUGCGGUGCGGUUAACGCUGGAGCGGUUUCUACGUGGCCGCAAGUACGAACAUCUGCAGGUGGCCCUCAUCGAUCCCAUGGUACCGACGGCUUCGGCACAGAACAGUACCACGGCAAACGUUUCAACCUCCUGUCACGCUGGUCACGCCGCUGGUGCUGGCGAACGGGGGCGAAGCAAUGGGACAAUACACACAACUUCGCAUCCCAGUAGAGUCAGUAGUGGUGGCGAUCUAGUGGGCAUGGUACUAUCGCAUUCGCAGACACUUUCACAUUGUGCUUCGCAGUGUCAAUCACAGCGCUGCUCGAUUGUACAGUCACCUUCGGCAACGACACUUUCCAUCUGUCCUGCCCGCUCGGACGCAGACUCUAUACUGACAGAGUGCGGUGUGUACGAGUGUGGAGCUAUCGAGCCAGAGCUCGAAUCAGGCACAACGUUCGACUCGAGCGUGUUCGCCCUGGAGAACGGUACCGAGGCACCAUCCGGUGACGAACUGCUGCUAGACGUGGACGAUGAACGGAACGGAUCGGGCGAGGACGAACAGCGAGCACUGUACGCGAACGGGUCGGUGCUGGCGAUGGCAGUGUCCGCUACCACACCACAACUAACAACCGCCGACAGUGACAGCUGUGAUACACGAACGGCACGCGGCCACAGCGAUGGCAACGAGCCCGAUCCGGUAGUGCAGCGUUGGUCACGGGAAGUUCCCCACAGCCAGAUAGUGGUCGCCGACAUCCGCAAGCUCGCCGGUCUCGGGAUAAGUCUCGAGGGUACGGUCGAGGUGGAGGGUGGAGUAGAGGUGCGGCCCCAUCACUAUAUCCGCUCGAUCCUGGAAGAUGGGCCAGUGGGGCGGGACGGGCAGCUAAAACCGGGCGACGAACUGCUGCAGGUGAACGAACACAGACUCCAAGGUCUGAAGCACAUCGAGGUCGUGAAGAUACUGAAGGAGCUACCGGCACAGGUGCGCGUGAUCUGUGCACGCGGCAGCUCACCCCCCACUGUGAUCAACACAUCCCGCAAUGCGGAAGCGUUCGAGGCGCGCAGCAUACUAGUGGGCGGUCUGCAAAGCCUCCAGAGCCUGCAAGGCAUCCUGACGAAAGCACAGUCGGAAAGCUCGCUCUACACGUCCAGCACGGCAACCCUCACCGACCAGCAGCGUUCCAAGUCGGUGGAGCAGGUGUCGGGGCUGGCACUUUGGACCAACGAGGUGCUUUACUGUGACAUCGAAAAAACGGAGCGUGGCUUCGGAUUUUCCAUACUCGACUACCAGGAUCCGCUCGAUACGGACGGUACGGUGAUUGUGGUGCGCGGACUCAUCCCGGGCGGUUCCGCCGAAACGACCAACUUCAUCUUUCCCGGCGAUCGGCUCGUGUCCGUGAACGGUCAUAGUCUGCAGAACGCGACACUGGACCAGGCGGUAAGCAUACUGAAGGGCAUUCCGCUGGGGCCGGCCCGGAUCGGUUUGUGCCGGCCGCUGUCGACGUCCGACAACAACCUGUCGUCGACGCCGGAAACGCCCACCACCUAGCCAGUCCGGGUGCGAGACGUACGUGGACGCAAAUAUCCAACGCCCUCUCCAACAUUCUUCCAUUGAGCACGUAUUCUGGAGCUGUAUGUUGUCAGGUGCGCUUGCAGUGCAUGUGUAGUUCGUAGGGGUUAGGGCAUGAGUUCAAAGUUCAAUCAAGCGAGUCAUUAUUGAAAUCCAUUUAAGUUACCUUCCGAUUACCUCCAUGCAGAUCCUUCAUUAGUGAAACGCUACCCGAGCAAGCCUCUUCUAUACAUGCAUUUAAAUGUCCGUACAGCGUGAUACAAAGUACUGCACUGACCUCUUCCUGCCUUCCAUUGCUUUAUUGCGCCAACCAAACGCCGCAUCUUCUCAACUUAGAAAGGAUGUGCCCCCUGUUAUAGAUGCUAAUUUAUGUCUCCAUCAAUAUUCAUUUUCCCGCUGUACAACCGCCUGCCCAUCCACGGUGAUCCAUGGUUUCGCCCGGUUUGAUUGGUAUGAUUUAUGCGCGUAGCGUCAUGACUCUUACGCCGAGUGCAAAUUUUACCUUCUUAGUCGUCGGUCGUCGGGGCUGUUUAAAAGGUCGACUGUACUAAAUUCACCAAGUCUCAGCGCACGAUUGGGUAAAGUUGUAAAUACAGUGGACUGCAAGACUGUAGUCAUUAAACUACAGUCCAAGGGUUUCCACUCAACAAAGGCUGGACAAAUGUGAAGAAUUCUGUUGUCUUAACGGGCAUGUCGUAAAAUAAUCGAAGUACAAGCUAUCCGGAUCCUUACCCAAUAACCCAUGCCCGAUCCGCCCGGUCGCCCUGUUUGUCUAUCUCCUCGGGGCAAAAGUUCACCCCAAACAACAGUACAACCUGCACGCUAUCAAAGUCGUCCAAAAACCUUCUAUGCCCACGGACUACCCGAUUAUAAAUCAAGUGGAUGCUUCCACUUUUCUUCGGGGAUCUGUCGUUUAGAGCACCGAAAAUUUUGUUGACACAAAACCGAGGGAGCGAGGAGAGGAGAUACGUUUGGUGGGGAGACUCGUUUGAAAGUAUACAGAAAAAAAGGCUAGUCCACCGUCCAUACCCGUGACCCGUGGCUGAGUUUGGUUAUUUUGGCGACUGCGAAGGUCCCGCAACGUUACAGGGGCUGUACUAUUACUCUCUGCUUCCACGGUGCCAGUAACCGUAACCGAGAGAGGUCAUUAAUUUAAGCGGUAUUAAAUUUACAGCCCGUAUCUUGGACCGUCGUUGCAGCGCCAACGGUGUGACAUCCGGACGUCCGGUGAGCGAUAAAUCGAAGCGUCGCAAUACACGUCGCUAUCAAACUACAAAUUUUGCUCUCCAGAGCAAAAAAAAAACAACCAAAAUUCGAUUUCUUGCAGCAUCCACAACCGCGUGGCAGAUUGUUUUUCACCGCCAGUGGAAAAUGAAAUUCAAUUAUCAUCUAAUGUCAACAAUAAAUAACCCUACACUAUCUAAUGACGCGCUUUCACCUUCGUGCUCAGUGGGAAGUCACCAUUCCGCCGCGCUAGGGCAUCGGUUGCUCACCAAGCUUCAUUGGAGAUACCAACCACCCGGGCGAGAACCGGCAAAACUAUUGUGUACGACCGCUUUUGCACUCCCCAACUCCCAUUGCGACUUCGCUUCUGAUGUUGAUUGUAUGUGUGUAUGUAUGUAUGUAUGUAUACUCUACAUUACCAAAUCCUCUUACCCGAAAACCUAUCUCGCUGAUAACUCUGGUGCUAACGGUGAGGACAGCUAUUGUGACGCGCUUUAAUGCCUCGGGUCAUCGAUGAAGAUAAACAUCAAGCCGGAUUGCGGCGUUCAACGUUUUCAUCGCGGAAACCCGAGCCCGGGAGGCUUUUGCGGAACGUUCCUGCCACUCAUUAUCGGCGUCAUGCUAUCGCUGCAUUAACGCUGGCAGAACCCGUGAGCAUGCCCGCUCAAUCAUCGCUCCCAUCCCAUCCAUCAAUGCGAGCGCUGGUGCCUUGUUGUGCUUGCUUAUGGUCCGCAAGUCGUCGUCCUUUGGCUGCUUCUUCGGGUUCGUCGGGUGUCGGAUGACACCUCAUCGAGAGCGAUGAGUGAUGAGCGUGUGCCGGUUGGGAAAUUAGAUAUCAGGAUGAUCAGAUAGUGGGAUCCAGAUUCUUCGGUGCAAAACUUCUGACAGCUUCACCUCGUUCUGGACGUUGCUGGAUGGGCAGUAAGGUACGGUCAGUUUCCGGGCUUGAGGCUGUCGUCAUCCUGCCAGUUUCCCCUACACUUCGUUUGAUAAAACCCCUUUGCUCGAGCAUUUGUGCCGGCACGUAGGCAUCUCGGGCCACACACACACAUACACCUCCACUGCGGAUGGUAGUAAAUUAAGUCAUAUUGCACGUACUUGUACUGCUUCAGUGGAGUGGUCCGGGGCGGGUAAGCUUUUCUCUACAACCGGUAGCGCUACUAGAGCUCAUGGCUGUGAUGAAGCAUACUGCCCUGUGUGCUGAUCGAUGAGUGUUCUCGAGGUGACGGAAAUUCGUUACGCAAACGGGUAAUGCCGGCGUUGCCGGACUUGCGUGCUUGCAUAACGUGCUCAAGAAUGGAACGUUCGACGUGCUAAAGAUUGGCUCAACCAACGAAUACUCGAAACGCGGGUGUGCUGGAGCACAAGUUAAGAAGCAUCCUUCUGUACCGCUCUACGGUGCUCUACGGUUGAGAGUUGCCCUUAUCACUUUUCCUCAGCCAUCGCUAUCUUUGCCCAUUUUUUUAGCAAGAAUUCACCAACAACACCAAGCAACAGCAACAAAAAUCCUUGGUCAAUAAAAAAUCUAAAAACACACAUACACAUAAAAACAGCAACAAAAACCCUCCCCCCCCCCCCCCCCCCUUUGAAUUACUACACGGACCAACUGCCAACAAAGCGUGUGUCAUUUGACAGCUGAGAGAUGGCACACAAAGCGCAAAAUUAUAUCGCAUGCAUGCAUAUCUUCAUAGCCGCUCUCGGAAGACUUGUCUCCUGUGCGUAUUAAAACUCGCAACACACACACACACACCCAAGGGAGAAAAGAAAACUGGUUACUAUACUAGCCAGGAAGUGGUUGUGUUUGCAUAAAUUCCUCAGCGAUUUCCGUUGCGUGAGCGGAAGAGGUGAGCAGAAUUUUGCGGCAAAGGGCGGGAGGAAGCGCGCGCGAGAGGAAUUAGGCUCCGUCCGUUUGGUAAUAACGCCGGACCCAUAAAAUGGGGCCCGGUACGAAGUGAAGGCAAACUACCCCGCCCGAAAAUGAACGUUUUCAGCCCAUUAGUGGAAGUGAAAGUGUAGAAGACCCUUUUUGGUGUUGUUGUUGUUGUUGUUGUUGUUGGUGCCCUCCUCUUUAUCGGACUCUCGCCACUCACUUACGGAACCCACACCGCACUCGGAUGUGUGCGAAAGAAGGCGAGGAAGAAGAAGAAAAACACAGCAAGAUGGCUUCCCGUUGGCUGCUCCUUCCCGAGAACAAGUCGGAUGCCGAUGCCUAAGAAUGUUCGGUCUCUCAGAAUCUAUCCCCGUGCCGGGGAAGUGAAUAAAAGGUACGCCGUCAAAGUUGGAUGAUGAAGAAAACGGGGAACGGAGGGAAAGACCAAAAUCUUCUCCUCCUCAAACCUCAUCUCACCGCGCUUAUCCUUUUGCAUCACAAACUGUGUCGCCGGACGAACGAAAUUGCUCCGACGAGCGCUUCGUUUCCGAUUCCAGCAACACGCAAAGUUACAGGCAAUGUGGUUUACUUUUUUUUGCGUCGGGUGAGGCAAGAAGGGCCAAAAGUUUGCACAAAACUUUGCAACCGAUACACGAACAACCUACCUCGUCGAUUCGCCGGACAAACUUUUCUGCGGAGUGCGGAAUGGACGGCGAGUCUAAAGCAAAUGUGUCCGCGUAAGCUCAUCAGUGUAAGUCCUCAUCAGAUCAGACUUCAGACUCAAACUCGACACGACACAUCCGCACGGCAAAUGACAAGUUGAUGUUAUGCUUGUGGAACUGUGAACACGUAUACCGAUGGCGGUGCGUCCAUUCGGCAGUUUAGACACACCAAGCUCUGAACCUGUCAAUGUGAAUGGAUUUAUUUCACGACAAUUUUUUACUCUCCGACGAGUUAUUUUGUUUUCGAAUCGUACGGCAUCAGUACAUUGUGCAACAGAAUGUCGUGAAACUUUAGGACCAAUUUACCAUUACGAAGCGGGUGUUGAGUAUCCUUCGUUUAGGUGAUGCGGUUAAAGCUUUUGCUCUGCAUGAAACCACUUAAAGUAGCUUCCAUAUAUGUGUGUGCGUGUGUGUCCCUUUGGGUACGCAGUGACAUGCUCACCUAGUGUGUUCCAAGUCGACAGUGUCCUAGCUACUGGAACCCCCGAAUCACCAACCCCCAGCGGUAUCUUCGCUCCAAGAAAAAUAACUCCAGUUGCGAGAAAAGUUUACAGGCAAAACUGACAAAAGGGCCACCGGGAGCAAAUAAGCAAACAGUCGUAAGUCGUGUCCCUUUUAAGCUGGAAAGGGUCGGGGUACAUUGAAUAUGGGUUACUGCUCGGUAUUCCCACACAGCUGCCUCCCAAACAACAACACCCGGAGGCGUUUGCUGUGGUGGCGGCUAGUCUGUAAACAAAUGUUUAGUAACACUUUUGCCAUUUUCUACAGCGCUGGAACUCAUUCGGACUUUAAUGGACACGGAGAUUUUUCUCUUUUUUUUUUGUUGGCAGGAAAAUGCCUGCACGAGAGGUUAAUGAAAAAAUAUUCACCCUGAUAGUCAAGAAAUUCGCGCCUCGUUUUCCAGAAUCAUUGAAAGCUAAAAACUUUAAGCAACUUAAGACGGAAAUCAGGAACCAUAUCAGGUUGCACAGACUCCCGGUAGCCUUCGGUGUUGCUCGCUUUAAGAUGGCUUUUGAUACUAGCUCCAGGAAUUUGAAGGUUUAGCUAAAAGCGACAAGCCCAAAAGUAUGGUUUGACUCUGUGGGGUGUACUGUGCAUGAUGAGUAGGAAGUAUUAGCGUACUUGCGGUGUUUGGAGCGCACCAUACAUUCGCUGACUCUGAAGGAUUAUUUAUGUCCACCAAAAAACCCGGCACAGCACGCCCGGUGGCAUGUCACCGAUGUGCGGGGAAUUGACAUAUUUAUUUAAUACUCCAAACUUUGCUCCUGCCGCUUGGCGCCUGGAGGAAUCUGAUGAUGAUGAUGGUGAUGGUGGUGGUGGCGGAGGAGGUAAAACAUGUACCGCGCGGUAUUACGCAACAGUUUACACUAACUUUUCAUUUGGCAGAUACCGGCAGACGUUACACCUCGGUGAAGUUGUCUUGUCACACCGCCAGCGGGACUGUUAUUCUUGUUUUGCGUUCGUUCGCGGUCGUUUGUUUGAAUUUUCGGGCAGGUUUUCCGAGGGUUCGACGGAGGGUUUACGCUCCCGUAUCAGGAAGCCUACACUCCAAUGUUGACCUCGUGCUGUUCUUGGCUGCUUCAAUAUUCUGGUACGGUACAGAGCAGUCGGUAAAGCAACUUGUUGGACGUACCGACGGAUCCUGUACCACGGGCUGCAGGAAUCGCAGGGACGACCAUCAACGCAACAAGGCAGCAAUUUUGCGGCAAGUCAGCAUUUGUUCUGGAGCAAUAAAUUUUCCUGCCAGGCAGGCGCGAAUUUCAUGACCUCGAUUCGGACAAGGGCAAACGAAGCGUAAUGGCUGGCGGAUGCUGUGCAUGUGUGUUUUUAACGAUUGAAUUGGCCAAGCUGUUCCCAAAUCGCGUUACGUAGAAUUGCGGGAGCGAUCGCAGCCAGCGGGAAAAUUGCGUACAUGAGAGUCCAUCCAUUUUAAAAUAGUUUCGCGGCCCAGACGCCAUCUUGCCCAUUCCCCCCCCCCCCCCCCCCCCUCACUGGGCCCGAGCUGUCGACGGUUUAUGCUUCCACCCUCAAAAAAUGUUCCUUGCUCCCAGAUGUAUUGUAUCAAUUAUUUCACAGUGCUUUCGCACUGGAUGGAAUGAUUACGAAAAACGAAGGGAAGCAAAAAAACAGCCUACCAGGAUUCCAAUUCCACAUGGAAUACUGCGGCAAGCAGGGAAAUGGCAAGCACCCAGGGAUAGAAUGGAAAGAAACAAAUACCCACACACAUAAACACACACACACAUGAGAUGAAAUCGUUCCAAUAGAGAAUGCCUCUGUUUGCGUUGUAGCAUCAGGAACAAUGUCCCAUCCAAUAUGGCGCCCCGCCGUGGCUACCGGCCUGAUUAGUGAAGUUGAGCCAGACGUUGAAGAAACUUCAACCGCCCGUGACAUAAUAUAAUCUCCAUACAAAAGCACACAUACACUCGCUUGCUCACAUACAAACCUGCUUCAUCAUUUGCGGUGAAGGUGUUAAAAAUUCAACAGACCUUCUGAAAAGCGGUCCAAAAAAUGAAACACCUCCCUACGAAUCCCAAACUCUCCAUGAACUUCGGGAUGGGUAAAAAUAACAGCAACAAACACAUGCGUCAAUCGCAGUGAGUCCAUUUUAUUAUAACAACGGGAGCAACAAAUCUGACUUAGUAUAUCAACGCCCUCCUUGAUCUGAUCGUGCGAGCAUCGCGAGGUACAAAGUUGUGUUGUUCUUUGUGUGGAUCUGCUUUUAGAUUAGAUUAGGCAAUACGAAACAAUCGCAAAAUGCGUACCACCAGGUCCCGUGUUGCUGGGUUUUCCUGGGCUGAAAAGCGGUUUUACGCUUUUGUCCUGUCUUGUUUGCUGUAAUUCGCAAUAGACUUUAUUUUGUACCAGUAACGAAGCCCAAGUGUCCUGUCAUGUUCAGCGAAACGCACACAAAAAAAGAAACCCCCAGAAAUAAAAAUGGCGAAAGUCCAGAACAAAAGCACACCCAAUCCAUGACCAGCGCAAAUAGCGGUGUUGUUUCGCAAACAAUCGUUUUGUGGUAAAGAUUGGUGUGCGUCUGGCUGUGUUUUCUCACUCUCUCUCUCUCUCUCUCUGUUUUCUCUCUCUAUUUGCUAAUAUAACGUCACAUAUCCACGCCACGAAGCGGUUUGCUGUGCCUACAUGACAGAGAAAGCCCUGAAGGAGCUACUACCGCUGGCAUGACUUGGAACAAUGGUCACGUUGGAUAAUCCACUCCCGCCAGUCGCCUUUUUCGGACACGGAUGGGUGAAGAAGACUGAUUCAUACUCAUUCAUGUAGAGCGGUAGAGGUUUUGUUUUCCUUCUAAGAGAUGGACCACUCGGACCGGAUGCUUCACCAGGAUCCAGGGUGUCUGCCGCGUCACGGGUAGUGUCCCGCUGUGAGUGGAAGCUUGCACAAUGCCUGCCGGGAAUGGCGUUCACUGUUCCAACAAAAAUGGAAAGGGGAUGUUUGUCUCAGCAAGUACACCUACAUCUUCUCGCUUAAUGUGAAAGACAAACGUCUGCGGAGGUUUUUGGGUCGCCCAGCGAACCUCGGCAGAACCAAAAGCAUACUUCAGCGAUUACGGCUCGUUUGUUUCCUGUCAUCUGUUACGGAAUGACGUUUCAAUGUGCAGCAGAGUGCAGUGGAAUCCAUCAAAUUGUGCCAUGCAUGCAUGUUUAAUUGAAUUGCGCUAGUGCUCGACGGAAGCGCUUCACACAUUCUAAGUAAUUGGAGGGUUAGAGUUUGUUUCUCACCCAACACCGACACCGAUUGCUGGCAUUUGUGGGGGGGGGGGGGUUCGCUUGCUGACGUCAUUCGAAUCGGAGCAUCGGAGGGAUAGAAAUAGGCAUUCCGAAAAACAGGCAGUACCGGGAAUACCAGCACCAGGUUCCAUAUUACUCUCUGAUUGGAUUGGAAAACUGGGAAUCGCUUGAAAUUCCCACUCCGGCGCCAUUUGUGGGCCACAUUCGAAUGCGGGUGGGCAGAAUUUGGACAAGUUCUGCGACUCACUGACAGAAAAAAUGCAGAAAGAGAUGCUAAUUUGAAUAAAAAUCCUGAACGUCCCUGGUAGAAAUGAUACUAUUCACCACCGGUAGAAACGUUUGGCAACACUGCACAGUGAGAGAUAGAGGAAAAACGAGGUCGUCAGGGAGAGAGACAGAGAGAGAGAAAGAGAGAGAGAGAGAGAGAAGUAGAGAGUCUUUUGUUUUUUUUUCCCUCGCAAUGCUACGCUACAUCGCACGCACGCAACUAACGCAGCUGUAAUACGGAUUGCCGCGUUUCAGGCGUGUUCUGCUUGUUUUGGUUUUUUGCGUGUGUCUAUCGCUGCUUCGCUUCCCCCGUAGCGCUUCUGCUAGUUUGAUAUUGAUCAAUCAGAAAGCAUCUGGUCGAUUUGCGAAAACAAGGAGCUAAAUGGAACCGUGGGAUGGAAACAUCGUUUUUUUUUCAACGUCCGCUCCGUUUAUCCUAAGCUCUGUCGUACGGUAAGCCUACCUUUCCGGCGCCCGGAUGUGCUGGAUGUCCCGAUUUGCUGCUACUAAUUUUACCUGCCACGAAGUAAUCGAUACGCGAAUUGUUUAUUCGCGAUUUUAUUAUCAUGAUGCGCCAUUGUUUCGCUUGGCUAAUUUCCCCUUUCGUGAUCACUUUGAGUGAUGAGGCCUAGCGACAUUAAGCAUAAAAGUUACUGUCUCAUCGUAGCAUUAGUAACUGACGGUACAUCGAUACACUCAACGCUACAUUUGGUUUUAUUACGCUCGAAACACCACGAGACAUGUUUAUGAUUUUCGUCAACAGAAAAAAACAAGAACUCCAUAACACUAAACUUCAGCAGGUCGGACAAAUGGGCAACAAUGUUCGGGAGCCUUUUUUUUAAAUGUUUUAAUGGGAAAUAAAAAGAUUUACCCAAGCUUAUUUUUAUGUCAUCGUUCACGGGUUUACACACACACCUACAUAGCCUACCAUAAUUUAUCCGUUGAGGCAUGAAAUCGAAAAUGGCUCCGGCUAUACAAUUAUUCUCCUGCAGGCGCACACCUUUCCUGCUCCGGCCACGGGUGGUUGCCGUAUUUUUUGUUUUCCACCUCAUCGAAAUGAAAUUAUUUUCGCCGUUUUUUUCUUUCUCUGUAAUUUUCCAUUUUCCCGCUUGUAUUGUGUUUUUUUUUUUUUGCUAUCGACUCAGUUUUCUUGCUAAAUGCUUGCAAUUAACAUUUUUAUCGAUUUUCGUGAUUGUAACCUGAUCCUUGACAUUCAUGAUAUUGGCAACGAAUGGUCCGGAUAUGAUGGGAAAAUGCUAGCAGCAAGCAAGUUUGCUAGAAAAGGGGUGGUUUAUGUGGUUGUGAAUUUGACGGCAAUUUUCCCUUCACUUUUUGGCUAGAUUCGCCUGUCUCCCUUUAUUCUUUCUGGCCUACUUUUUUACAUUUUUAUAAACUCGCUGAUUGAACUUAUUAAACGCUUAAUAAAGCGAUAGGUCGAAUAAAAGUUUUUGAAAGAACAAUAACAUAUAGAGCCUUUUCAUCAAAAACAAAAUGGCUACAAAUCACGCUAGAAAAACUUCAUCAAACACAAUGAUAAAUAACAACGCGAAAACAGAAACCAAAACAAAGCAAAAUGAGAAUGAACGCAAAACAAACGCAUAAAAAGCAGAGAGAGAGACAGAGAGCAGAGUAAAAAUUUAACGAAAUAAAGACGAAACAAGCAGAAAAAAAUAAAAACAACCAACAUACAACGUUUUCCACCAUUUCUAGGAAUAAUGAAACAAAACCCCCCCUCCCCCUAAAAAAGGCGUACUUAGAUGUAAAACGCGUCCCCUUUUUCAUAAUAUUAUAUUUAUAUCUUCCUAAAAACGAGACUAGCAGUGGCCUUUGGCAAAAAAAAUAAACAAAAAUCUAAGCAAAAAAAUGGACGGAAAGGAUGAUGGGAACUUGAAGCUCCGAAGAGCAUGAUAGAGCGAGGGGGGAAGGAAUGACGAGAGGCUAGCCAGGACAUGAAGCUGGCGAACGCAAAGAGCACGGUUAUGCUCGGGCGCACGGGCACAAAAUGGAGGUACGGUACUGCGCAUAGAUAUUUCUAUAUUAUCCCAACUACACACACUGUGACGAUCUAAGUAAGUAGGACUAACUAAGAAUUGCAAGCUAAAAAUUUACGACGAAGAAUUGUAAGUAACUAUUUUAUCGAAAUUAUUAGGAAACGAAUAGAGGAGAGCGUGAGUGUGAGGGUGCUAAAUGGUACGAAUAAGAAAAUCGAUAGCUCAGCGAAUAAAAGCCUAGUGGUCUGGAUGGUACCUUAAAAGCAGACAAACAAGCCCGUUGUUACGGUCAAAGCAUCAUAAAUGACAGGGUAAGCUGGGACAAACCAGCCCGAGCUGCAUCGUGCCCUGUGGAUUGCAUAAUUUUGGGGGGUUGUUUUCAGUAAAAGGAACUCCAACAAUGUAUACAAUCCGCUUGGCGAAGGGAUGUUCUUUUAGCUUGUUAUCGCUUUAAUCAAGGUAUGUUUGUCUGCUAUGACGGUGAUGUUUGCACCAUGAGAUGUACUCCGCGGCACAAUACAAAACGUACUAAUGCUUAGACAAAGAAAAAAACAUAAACUACAGAAACAGACGGUCCGAUGUGACCGAUUAGUUAGCACGAUGAAUACACACAAACACACACACACACAUCCACACUUAGCUGCUUUCAGCCUAUUACGCACAUAAGAAAGGGGUACGAACCAAUGAACCAAGGUAUAUUUAUAUAUUUACAAACAUGCUGCCGUUAUCAUUGCUGUUUUUUGUAUGUAUGCAAAUUACUAGCCUAAUUCUGUUUAAGUUAGGUUUAAACGAAAACCCCCCGAACAAUCUAACAGUUUCAGCUCAGUAUCAAAACUACCAGAACAGCUAUUUCUUAUCCCACUAACAUAUACACACACUUACAUGUAAAAUUUUAUCUUUACAUAUCUUAUUUUAUCUCACCGUCGAGAAGAUUAGAACGCUCCGAAUUGGUCUAAAAAUAUCAUUAACGUAAUUUUAUAAAAUUGCUUAGCAGUGUUUUGAAGGAUAUAAUUGACAAGUUCGCAAGGAAAGCCCGGUGGUAGAAGUGACAACGGCACCGGUUUUCAUACGGCAUGACCGUGGUUCAAAUCUCAUCUGGACCGUUCCCCCAUUGUUGUGAGGACUGUCUAUCCAAUUGCAUGGUAUUAUUAAGUCUCUUCUUCUUCUUCUUCUUCUUUGGCACUACAACCUCCAGAGGUCUCGUCGGCCUGCCAUUUCUGGUUUUCUGUGACUUAAUUUUACCCGUAGCAAUGUAGUCAGCCCUGCUUACGGGGAGGCAUAGGAUUUGAUAGGAUUUGAACCCUGAUCCUACCGUGUGAAGACCGGCGCCGCUGUCGUCUCUGCCACCGAACCGCCACAAAGUCUAGUCAACCGCCAAAAAUUAAGUCUAGUAGGCCAGAAAUGGUAGGCAUGACCUGAAGGGGUCGUUAAGCCAACAAAAGAGAUAGAGAAAAGUGAAAAGUUUCUUGGGAUAUUAUUAAGUUCUUCAGGCACAUUAUUGACCCAUUCAGCGAGAUGUUCUAAUGUUCAUAUGUUGGUGACUUGUUCGAUUGCGCCGUUGAACCAAGGUUUCAAUUUUCAUUUCAAAACUUUCUUUACCAAAAAUUUACCAUUUAUGUCUCUCUAUCUCUGAUCUACCGGGUCCAGUGACACAUUUCCAACACUAUAAGAAAUCGUUUGUCUUGCCUGGGCAUUUUACACCGUCGGCUUCCUGAACCGAAAACGAUUUUUUCUUUAAAAUGUUUCUUUGACUCUUCAACUGCCUAAAGAGGUCUUCUCCGUUGUUUAUCCGAAGUUGGGUAAUAGGGAAAGAGAUUCGAAUUCCGGUCCUGCCGUAUGAAGACUAUCACCGAACCGGCCCAAUUUUACAACAAUGUCGAAUAAACAAAUAUUCGAACAAGUCAACAUCACCCUGAAAAUUGUUAAACAAGCGACUAAUUAAAGCCGGACAGCAGGAGCUGUGAGUUAUUCACUCCUUCAAUUAUGCCUCCUACGAUUGAAUACCACUAGUUGAAUGAAUCUUCUUCUUCUUCCUUGGUACUACAACCUUGAAAGGUCUCGACCUGCCAAUUUCUGGCUUUCCGUGACUUGAUUUUACCCGUAGCAAGGUAGUCAGCCCUGCGUACGGGGAGGCGGUCUGGAUGGAAUUUGAACCCCGGCCCUGCCGUGUGAAGACCGGCGCCGCUGUCGCCACGGCCACCGGACCGCCCCAGUUAAAUUGAAUUGAAUUGAGUUGAAUGAAUAUCAUCAAUAAAUAUCAGUGAUUUGCAAUCGAAGCAGGCGUUAUUUUUAAUCGGAAGUACGGAAUUUUCAAUCGGUUCUAUGGAGCGUCCGUAGCGCUCGAAUCGUGGCGAGCAAAGUCCGUGCUGAGGACGAAUAUCUUGUGAUCCUUGUCAAUUACAUUAUCGAAGCUCCUGUAUAUUGUUUUUCUCUCACUUCUCUCGUUUUAAAUCGAUUAAAUCGAUCGAUUUAAAUCGACGAAGACUUCAAAAAUUUCAACAGUCAAGCAAUUGCAUACUGGCAGGCGUUUUAACGAGCAAACAUAAUGCUGAGUGAAUUCUUUUCGGAAAAUAGUGAGACUCACGUCAGGCCUUUUUGCAGGUCGAUCUUGCUUUCAAACUUUGCUUUCCUUUUAUCUUGGUAAGCUGGAUGACGGGGGGCCUGGAUAUAAGUGAAAAUGCUGUAGGUAUGAUGUUUUACGCAUUUGGUAGCAGUUAAUAAAGGAAACAUGAGAAACAAUAUCAUUAAGAUGGAAUCUGGGCAAAGUGAGACAGAUAGUACAGAUAGUAGCUAAGCAAACACGCACACACACAUACAGACACGCAAAACAAUUAGAAAAGAGUGAAACAGUAGAAGCGAACCCGGUGAUCAUUAGACGUGUAUCCCGUCGGCACAGGAAUUAUCCGUUUUUAAGAGCAGUAUCGCUUCUAGUCAAUGUUUACCUAGACGCAAAACUAACACAUACUAACUCAGCGCAACGUAUUCCGAGACCAGCGCGCCAGUGAACAACACAACAAUCUUGUGAUAAUCAGUGAGUGUUCGUUAUUCGUUUUCUUUAAGAGCAGCCGUCGCUACCGUGCGUAUGGGUAAGGCUUGGGGGAGCGAUGGAGGCCGCUUAUCGAAAAAAAUAAGAUAAAACACAACUAACAUAGCUUUUCGGUAUUGCGUUAGUGUAAAACUAUGCUUUAAAUUUGGUUGUUUUAGGUAUAUGAGGUGACGCGAAUGGGUGAGGCGUGGGAGGCUCGUUUGUUUGUAGUUUUAAGAUCCACACACACAGAGACACACACACAUGUUAAGACGAUAGUGGAAUAUGGUAUGUGAUGCUAGUGUUUGUACUCUUAUCAAUGCACCAACUCCUAAUAAGUGUUUGGUCCUCAAGAAGGAUCUCAAGGACCCCUUAGUAUAUUGUUGCUACUGUUGUGACUGCUGACAGAAGCCGUAACGAAGGAAGAGCUCCAGGUAUGAUUGAAGACGGGAUGGUGUUGCGAGCGAACCCGGAUUGACAUAUCACAUCUAAUUCAAAAGAGAGAGAGAGAAAAAUAGAGAGAGAGAGAAAUAAACACAAAUCAACAACUACAAGAAACUCUAUUGCGACAGAGUGAGAAUUACAAUUGACAGGAAAGAAAAGACGAGUGCAAGAAGUGCAAAAAAUGAAACUUAUUCACGAAAAACGCAUAAAAACGCAAGUACAGUUUCCGCAUAAACACGCCUACCUAACAAUAAGAGGAAACAUACGUGAAAGAGAAUCAACUAUGAGCACAAUAUAGAGGACAAUUAAAAAUGAAAACAAAAAAACAGAAGAAACAAACUACAAAAAUGAACCCAAUAAGCGGCGUUCUGGAGCACCAUUUUUAAUUUUUAUUUAUCAAAGCAUUACUUACAUACAAAUGACGGAAGAAGUUAAGGAAAAGGAAAAGUACUGACUCUUUUUUCCAUUGAGUUGAUUUUACCACUGGUCCCUGAGUUUGGAUUCGAUCCUGGUCCCUUCGUAUCAACAACUGGCACCGCUACCAACAGUAUCAUCGGACCGCCCCAAAACAACAACCGUUCAGUCGCUAUUUAAAGAGAACGCAAAACAGCCACGCAAAUCGUAGUAGGGCUUACUUUUAUUUGCCUUGUUCGUGACUGCAUAACCGCGGAACUGCUAAAUGCUAUGAACUGAAAACCAAUUAUUAGGUUAUCUGUUGUAAAUUCCCAACUAGCACGUACGAUGAAUGUUACUGUUUCCAUUUGCUAGUCCAAGAACUGUAGCUAUUAAAGCUAUUCUCUUUGUUUAUCAAAAAUUCAAACAUUGUUUGCUAAGCAAGAAAAAAAACGAUACAAAUCAAAGUGGAACAAAAUGCUGUUGCCAUUGCGCGGCUCAAUCACAGCAGCCCUAGCAUCAGCUCACAAGAUAUUCCUAAUAUUGUGUAAUCCUUACUCAUACGAUGUAAAAUAAUAGACACAGAAGACGGCCGGUUAAAACGCUCAUCAGAUGUAAAAGCAAAAGAAAAAAAAUAAACAAGAAAUAAAAGAAGGAAAUACCGAAAAGAAGGAAGGAAAAUCAACAUGAUAAAAUCUCAAUGUUCAAAGCGAGAGAACAAAAAAAAAACACCCAACCGAAUACAAAAUGUUAGAAGUUCUCGAUCUUGUUGCUUAGUUAGGAAUUUGUUUGUUUCCUAUUUUCUGUUUUUUGUUUAGUUUAUGAUGCAACGUUUUUUGCAAAAGAAAAUAUAUACAUAUAUCUAUAUACAAUGUUACUUCCUUUUCCUUCCACCCACCAGCUGGGGGCAGGUGGCAUCUGGGCAGGGUGUGUAUCUGUAAGCGAACGAAACAAAAACGAAUUAACCUCUCAAGCGGUACAGGCGUAUCGCGUUGCCGAGUUUUAGCACCAAUCCAUUCGAACCAAAUAGUCGUCGCCAGAACCAAUAGAGUGGUUGGGAGCAGCAAUCAUUUGAAAACAAAACGGCAAAAAAAACAAGACACAAAAAUAGUGUAGAUAAUACACGUAAAAGUAUAUCACGUGCAUGCAUUACAUUACUGGCGGUUUGAAGCGUGCAAAAAAAAAAGAGCAAGAAACACUAAAACGAACCAAAACUUCUUAAACUAAAAUCUUAAAACAAUGCAAGAAAACAUUAGAUAUAAAAACGGUGUGAUAGGAAAGGAAAGCAUAAAAGAAAAAAAGACAAAAAAACAAAACACUCAAUCGCUUAAUCAAUGGCAGCACACACCUACACGAAGAAAGAGAAGAAUAAAGUUGAUAACGAGAGUUGAUAAUCACGGCAUAGAUAAACUGUUAGCAACUUUAAGGAGAGAGAGAGAGAGAGAGAGAGAUAGAAAGAGAGAGAGCAAGUUAGGACGGAGAGAGAGAGAGAACGAGAAACAGAAUGCUUAACAGAACAGUUAGAACGGUGAAUAGUGUGUUAAACACUUCAUUAAAUUCUACUCAUCUCUAAUACCCCCUCACAAACGCCCAACACUAAGAUGUACACCUCUCGUUCUCUUUCGCUCUACUGAUAUAUUGCAUAUAUAAAUAUAUACAUACCUAAACACACACACGUACACACCGUUCACCAAUAUAUUCCCACACACAGCCGCACACCGAAAUGAUGUAACAGUUGAACUCUAUCCCUCAAACCAAACAGCAGCAUCAGCAAACGUAAAAAUAACAAACACACACACAUACACACAAAACUAAAAAGACAAAAUGAGGAAAAACAAUUCUAAGCGCAACAAUUUUGUCCUAAAACACUCACCCAUACACACACACACAGGCAAAAAAAAAAA